UGAAAAGAGUUCAAGGAAAAGAAAUCUACAAAAUCCUGAAAGACAAUUAGCCACAUCUAAUCAGUGACAUUGAUGAGAACAUCAUGGAAAAAGUUCAAGUAGAACCAAUGAUGGCUAAGAAGAUGCUUUUUGGAACAUUGAAUGAUUUGAGUUCAGAGGAGCUUCACACAUUCAAGUCACUCUUUGAAUCGGAGAAAGGUUUCCCACUCUCACCAAGGAGUCUACAGGACACAGUGGAGCUGAUGGUGGAGACGUACAGCCAUGAGUGUGUGGAGUUGACCAAAAAGGUUUUAAAGAAGAUGAACAGGACUGAUCUGGUGCAGAGGUUAUCAGACAUCAGCUCAGGAACCAAAGAGAAACAGCAGCCCUCACUGAUCCAGAGAGUGGAAACGAUGACGUCUGUUAUAGAGCUGCUUUUGGAGACACUGAAAGAGUUGAGAGACGGAGAGCUCCAGAAGUUUAAGAAGGUCCUCGUGAGUCAAACUGACUUCCGCAGAUAUUUCUCAGACGCCCUAUGGAUGCUGCAAGAGUCAACAGACAGGCAGACCAUAGUGUUUUCAUUUGUGCUGACCUACGGCCAACAGUCUGUGGAGAAGACCAAGGAGGUUUUAAUGGAGAUGAAGAGGACUGAUCUGGUGCAGAAGUUGUCAGACAGCAGCUCAGCACCCAAAAAAAAACACUCUGUGGAUGAAUACCUGUCUGCACUGAUCCACAAAGUGGCAACAAUGAGAGCUGUUAAUGAGCUGCUUUUGGAAACACUCAAAAGUUUGAGUUCAGAGGAGCUAAAGACAUUCAGGUGGUUGCUGCAGUUAACGUUCUUCCAGAGGAGAGUUCCAAACAUCUCAUGGAGACAACUACAGUGGACUGACACGGCAGACAGACUGGUGGAGCUGAUGCUGGAGAAGUACGGCCAACAGUCAGUGGAGGUAACCAGGGAGGUUUUAAUGGAGAUGAAGAGGACUGAUCUGGUGCAGACGCUGUCAGAAACCAUCUCAGGAACCAAAGCUGCAGGAUCAUCAGCUGAGGCAUCGGGUGGGAGUACCACAGAGAAAGAGAAAGCCUUUGUAGAUGAACACUGGCCUGCACUGAUCCCGAAGGUGGAUACGAUGGCAUCUGUUAUAGAGCUGCUUUUGGAAACACUGAAAGAGUUGAGAGACGGAGAGCUCCAGAAGUUCAAGAUGCUCCUCGUGAGUCAAACUGACUUACAAAGAUAUUUCUCAGUCCGUCCAUUGAUGCUGCUGGAGUCACCAGACAGGCAGGACAUGGUGUUUUCAGUGGUGCUGACCUACGGCCAACAGUCUGUGGAGAAGACCAGGGAGAUUUUAAUGGAGAUGAAGAGGACUGAUCUGGUGCAGAAGUUGUCAGACAGCAGCUCAGCACCCAAAAAGAAACACUCAGAUGAACACAGACCUGCACUGAUCCAGAGAGUAGCAACAAAAGCAGCUGUUAAACAGCUACUUUUGGAAACUCUGAAUGAUUUGAAUAACAAGGAGCUCUGGGAAUUCAGGUGGUCCCUGUGGAUUUCCUCCCAGAAGAACCUCCCAGACAUCCCAUGGAUGUUGAUUGACCAAGAAUACAGAGCAAAGAUAGUGGAUCUGAUGUUGGAGGCUUACGGCCAGCAGUCUGUGGAGGUGAGCAGGGAUGUGUUCAUGAAAAUGAACCGGACUGAUCUGGUGCAGAGGCUGUCAAAGCCCAGCUCAAGACUCAAAGAGAAACACUCUGUUGAUGAACAUGGACCUGCACUGUCAGAGAGAGCAGCAACAAUGGCAGCUGGGAAAUGGGUUCUGUUGGAAACACUGAAGGAUUUAGGUGUCGAGGAGCUCCAGAAGUUCAUGUUUUUGCUGCAGUUCACGCUGUUCCAAAAGAGCCUUCCACUAAUCUCAAGGAGCCUACUGGAUCGGAAAGACAGUGCAGACACACUUGUGGUUCUGAUGUUAGAGACCUGUGGCCAGCAGUCUGUGGAGGUGACCAGGGAGGUUUUCAUGGACAUGAACAGGACUGACCUGGUGCAGAGGCUGUCAGUCAUCAGCUCAGGACUCAAAGAGACACAUCAGAAUAUACCGCUCCACAAAAAAGUAUCUAUGACAUCAUUUGAGGUCAAGCUUUCGGAAACACUGGAAGAUUUAAGUUACGGGGAACUCGAGCAAUUCAAGCAUGUCCUGCAGUACACCAGAUUGAAGAAAGGCCUCCUAAGAAUCUCAGGACAGAGAAUGGAGACGGCAGACAGAGAUAAAAUGGUGGAGCUGAUGGUGGAGAUCUAUGGCCAGCAGUCUGUGGAGGUGACCAGGGAGGUUUUAAUGGAGAUGAACAGGAGAGAUCUGGUGCAGAGGUUGUCAGACAUCAGCUCAGGAUCUAAAGGGCCUUCAACAAGCUUGGAGCUUGAGGGAUGUGGAAGCACUAUGCAGGUCUCCAGUGACUGGACUAAACUUGAACCGGAAGUUACCCUUACAGAUGUAGAUGAAGCUCCAACUUACAGCCUACAGUCUGAAGCAGGAAACUUUGAAUGCAGUGUCUCUGGCUUGCGCUGGGUCUGUAAGGAGAAGGUCAGCUUUAAGUACCAGUUUUGCUCUUUGGAAAGACCUAUGGAGAGGAUGGAAAGCCUACAAUACAUGCCUGCAGGUCCCCUUAUGGACAUCACAGUCAUUGCUGGGAAGUUAGAUGAAGUGUACUUGCCGCACUGGAUCUGCAUAGAUAGCAACCCUGAAAUAUUAGACAAGUUUGCAGUCCUGCACAUAGAUGACUGCGGAGAUUCUGUGGAAAAAGUGUCUGAGGUCACAUCGUCCCAUGUCAAGCUGUCUGAACCCGUUUUUUCUCUAAAAAUGGUCUUGGUUAAAGUCGGCUUUUCAGUGGAAAUACGCUGUAAAGUGUUAAUAUACAAGACCAACAUACCAUUCCUCACACUCCAUGUUUACCUGAUCCCACCUGAUCCCGCUGUGCAACAGGACUUGGACAAGACGAAUGUAUCCUAUGGAUACCAAAGAAUCAUAAAGCCACAUCCAAAGAAGCCCCUGAAAAUGAAUGAUUGGUUCAUCCUUACAGCAGAUCUGGACAGUAGAGAAAUGUAUCGUGAUAACUUAAUGCUCAUAUAUGAAAGCUCAGACCCAAAUUUCUUUGAAGUCUUCAUUGAAAAUCCAGACACAGACUUUGGGCUCAAGCUUACACAACAAAAUGAUCUUCAAUCAGUAUGGACCUGUGCAAUUCGAAAAGAUGAAUACCAAAGCAGCACUGGUCCUGUACAAGGGCAACACUUUCUAGAUAAACAUAGAAUCGAGCUGAUCGAGAGAGUGAGCAACAUUGCAGCUAUUUUGGAUGAGCUCCUCUACAAAGAUGUCAUCCAACAAGAAAUGUAUAAUAAAAUCAGGGUUCUGCCUACCUGUCAGGAGAAGAUGAGGGAGCUCUACUCUGGUCCCCUGAAUGGCACUGGAGCCUGCAAAGAUAUCUUCUACAAUAUCCUUGAGGAAAAGGAGCGGUAUCUAGUUAAUGAGCUCAAGGAGAAGAAGUGAUUGUUAUAAUGAAAUCCAUUUUUAGACCAACCAUACCGUCUACCUGAACAGGGAAGUUUUUUUGGUAAUACUUUACUUGAAGGUAUCUACAUAAGGGUGACAUGACAGUGUCGUGAACACAUGACACAUGA